UUGUUUACUUGUAAGCUGUCAGUUUUAAUUCAAAAAAAAUAUGCAAAAAAGUAAACAAUUUUAUUCGUUGAGAAACGUCGUUUUACUUUUACAGGCUUUAGAUUCCUAGUUAUACAAAAAAUAUCAUAAAUAAAAUGCCAUAUAAAGCCCCUAUAGUGUGUCUUAAAUGUGAAUCUACUGAAUCUGCACUAUGGACGAAUGCAGAAAACUUAGGUGUAAUCUGCAUUAACUGUGUCAACGAAGCAAAAAAAGGGCCAGAAAAUGAGGAGAAGGAGGAAGAAGAGGAAAAACCUCCGAAAAAGAAAACAAGGGGAUCAAGAUCAUAUAAAACCAGGCACAACCCUAAUGCUACAGCGAAACAAUCUGUGGUGCCUAGAGGGAGAGGACGAAGAAGCCUGUUUAAAAAAGUUCCUAUGAAGGCACCAAGUUCUGUAGCUACUAUUGUUACUAGUGAACAUGUAUUUCACAAGGGAAGUUACUACCAAAUAGGUGAUAUUGUUUCUGUAUUAGAUGAGUCAAAUGACUGCUAUUAUGCACAAAUUAUUGGUCUCAUGACAGAUCAAUAUUGUAAAAAAAAUGCUGUGUUACAAUGGCUCUUACCCACAGCAGAAAGUCCACCACCAAAUGAAGAGUUUGAUCCAGCAACAUACAUAAUUGGGCCAGAAGAGGAUUUUCCAAGAGAUUUAGACUAUAUGGAGUUUAUAAUGCAUGCACCUUCAGAUUAUUAUAAGUCCAAAAAAACUCCUUAUGGUCCUGUAACGCCUACUGCGGAACCUGGUUAUAUCUGGGCCUCAAUGAAGUCAAUAGCAAGAUAAAUGGAUGUAGGUAUAAGGAAUUAAAUUUAUAUUUUUCAAAAAUAUCUAUUUGUUUAUUGGGGAGUCAGUUUUCAGUAAACAUCUGAUUAUAAGUACUGUAACUUCAACAUAUUUACAUUUUUAUCCUCUUAUUUUAAUUUUUUUGCUCUAUCUAAUAUACAUUAUUUAUUUACUAACAA